UGGUUCACACCGACGCACAAGGCCUGUAGUUUGAAAGCUGUCUGGGCCCAGGCGAGUAGCCACAUUGCGAACAAAGUUACAAUAUUUUGAAAUAAACACCAGGAAUAUUUGAGCCAUUCCGCCCGGAAAUGCGUGCGCUUCUCUUGGACCAUGCGGUGGCAGCGACUCGGCGGGAUACGUGUCGGCAGACGUCUUUUUGAAUAGCAUUGUUUUAUUGCAUCUUGACUUGAGUUGAAUUGAACUCCACGCAAGGAGAAAAGAAAGCUAGCUGGCUAACGUGCUAGCGGUUAGCUCGUGAGCUAGCGGCGGCUAACCAGCCAACUCGUGUGCUAUUCACUUCCUUGUUGCACAUUGGAGCGAGAUGGAAGGAGAGAAGAAGUUUGUAGGAGGGACGCGGAGUUGUAUUCCUCCUUUCUAACACUAUCUGUCUGAUGGAUUUACAUAUUUGCACAAACCGCAACAUUUCAGAAGAAGUGGAUUUUAAAUCUACGGCGGCACCGGGCCUGUUUGACCACGAAAAGGAAUGCGACUGUUUAGCUGGACACAGUUAGCUUCAGGAGGCUAGCUGGCUUAACCGACUAGCAAAUCUGGGAGAUGUCCAUCCUGGAGUACAAUGGUUGAGUACCAUAACUAAACUCCAUAUUGUGGGUUAUAUGUGGCGGAACCAACAGGCACCCUGUGCCAUGAAUUAUCACCUCGGGUAACUGUUAUUUUCUUCAACAUCCACCGAGCUAGCUUUGUAAUGCUAACGUUAAGCUUGUGAUUUAGCUCGCUAGCUUGGCUGGCUGUCUAAUUGUGAAAUUGCUAACUAGCCUGUUACACAGCUAGCCCAAUGUUUUGUUUCACGACACAACACGAAACAUAGCUUAGGUGAAGUUUUUAGUGUAUAGGUGUUUCUCGACGUGGCUGUAGCGUUUAUUUUGUAGUUAAAUGCCUAACUCGGAGGUGCUUCGGGAGGGUAGGGGAUGGAGCCCCUCCGCACAGAGAAAUGCUAACAGGCAGGACAGGCGGAGUAAAGCAGGGAGCGGUGCUGCUCAGAGGGACAGGCACCGUGAGAAGAGGCGGUCGUCGGCUUCUAGGAGAAAGAAACGCAGGCAGGCCAAGGACAGGAGUUUGUGGCUUGCAGGUGCAGCAGCGGACCCUGGCAAUGACCGAAAAGGCACUUUUGAUAGAGAGGCUGAACUUCGGACAUUGGUGGAGUAUGAUGACGUGAGCUCCCAGUCAGAGCGCUUUUCAGGGAGCCCCUCUCCUAAACUUGACCCCCACGCUGACAGCCUCUCGGUGGAUAGACUCAGCGAUGCUGACUUUGGGGAAUACAACGGACCAGCAACCCCAGACAGAGGCCACCAGAGAGACAGAGAGGCUGUUUGUAUUAGCAAAGACGAGCAAACUAGAGGACCAUCUGAGAGGAGCAAGCAGGAGAAGGAGUUAGGCAGGAAAAAGGACCGCCAGAGCCGUGAGAGAGACUCCUCUAAAGCUAAGAGCGGAGUAAGCCUUGGUGGCUCUAAAAAUCACAGAGACACUACAAGAAGCAGUGACAGAAAUGGUAAAAGGACAUCUCAGUCCUCACAAUCUGCAGAUAAGAGGGAUUCAAAAAGACACAGAAGUAAAACAAGAUCAGACAAAGAGCCCCCGUCUGCCUACAGAGAUGCGCCUCAAUCCUACAGAGAUGACCGUGAAGAGCUCAGGGCAUACAGGAGAAGUCCUGGUUUCAAAGCAGAAAGUCCCUAUGGGACGUCUUAUUCCUACAGCUACCAGUCUCCUGGUGGUUAUAACCAGCUUAUAUCUAGAAGAAGUCCAACCUAUGGGAGCAAAAGACUCUCUCCCACUUCCAUGUAUUAUAGUCGGGAUGUAGAUGUGUACGGGGCAUAUGGUAUGCCAAAGUCUCCCACUUCAUACUCCAGCAACAAAAGGAAGAGGUCACCAGCGAGCCCAGCGAACUGGCGUAGAUCCCCGAGUUAUGGGCGGCACAGUCCCUACGAACAAGGAGAGUUUGGUUCAAGUCCUUAUGGGAACCGAAGGAGAUCGAGAAGUCCCUACAGAAAGUCUCUGAGCCCAAGUCCUGAUGUCAGGCGAUCUGCUCGGUCACGUAGCAGAAGUCCAUACUCCUCUACAAGGCACUCGCGGUCUCGCAGCCGCCACCGCCACUCUCGCUCCCGCAGUCGCCCCUCCAGCCUCUCCCCCAGCACGCUCACCUUCAAAACCAGCCUCGCUGCUGAGCUCAGCAAGCAGAAAAAGGCCAAAGCAGCAGAAGCAGCCGCUAAGGCCAAGAAUUCCAGCAACACCUCUACUCCAACCAAGGGUUCCUCAAAUGCCCCACAGCCCAGCCCCAAGUCCAACCACUCAGCCAGGAAGGGCCGCCCUCCCUCCCCGCCGCAGCCAGAGAAAGGUCCCAGGACUCCGACGUCGAGCCAGCCUCAGUCCCCCUCUGACAGGUUGUCCAAGAGGGCGGCGGAGCACCAGACCAGGGAUGCCAAGGGGAAAGACGACUCGGUACAUCGGGACAAAAGGAAAGCAGUGACAUCUGGACAGAGCAAAGACAAGGAACGAGCCAAUGCCCCACUCAUCUCUUCGCUAUCAUCGCUACCGCCUCCACAAACAGUUCUCGAGCACAUGGACAAAGGCGACAGCUUGAAGGACAGCUUGCUCUCAGGGAAGAAAAAGUCAGAUAAAAAGGCUCGCCAGCUUCUUACCGACCUGCCUCUUCCACCGGAGCUUCCUGGUGGCACGUCUUCCCCGCACAGCCCGCCCGAGGACAAAAAGUCUGGAACAAUUCGUAGACGACCUAAAAUUUGUGGUCCAAGGUACGGCGAGAUUAAAGAAACUGAGAUAGACUGGGGGAAACGCUGCGUGGACAAGUUUGAAAUCAUCGGAAUCACAGGGGAAGGCACGUAUGGCCAGGUGUACAAAGCUAAAGACAAAGACACUGCUGAAAUGGUGGCUUUGAAAAAGGUUCGACUGGACAAUGAAAAGGAGGGCUUCCCAAUCACAGCCAUCAGAGAGAUUAAAAUUUUAAGGCAACUCAACCAUAAGAGUAUCAUAAACAUGAAGGAGAUUGUCACGGACAAGGAGGAUGCUCUAGAUUUCAAGAAUGACAAAGGUGCUUUUUAUCUGGUCUUUGAAUACAUGGACCACGACCUGAUGGGUUUACUCGAGUCUGGCCUGGUCCAUUUCAACGAGAGCCACAUCAAGUCUUUCAUGCGUCAGCUGCUGGAGGGCCUCGAUUACUGCCACAAGAAGAACUUUCUGCACAGAGACAUCAAGUGCUCCAAUAUUCUGCUCAAUAACAAAGGUCAAAUAAAGCUUGCAGACUUUGGUCUGGCUCGGCUGUAUAACUCUGAAGAGAGUCGCCCUUACACCAAUAAAGUGAUUACACUAUGGUACCGUCCCCCGGAGCUGCUUCUGGGAGAAGAAAGGUACACGCCAGCCAUCGAUGUGUGGAGCUGCGGAUGCAUUCUGGGAGAACUCUUCACAAAGAAACCAAUUUUCCAAGCUAACCAGGAGCUUGCUCAGCUGGAGCUAAUAAGCCGAAUAUGUGGCAGCCCCUGUCCUGCUGUUUGGCCAGAUGUGAUCAAACUUCCCUUCUUCAACACCAUGAAACCAAAGAAACAGUACAGGAGGCGGUUACGGGAGGAGUAUGCCUUCAUCCCACCCUCUGCCCUGGACUUGUUUGACCACAUGUUAAACUUGGACCCCAGCAAACGCUGCACGGCUGAACAAGCGCUCGGCAGCGAGUUCCUGAAGGACGUGGACCCAGACAAGAUGCCUCCACCAGAUCUCCCGCUGUGGCAGGAUUGUCACGAGCUGUGGAGUAAGAAACGCCGGCGACAGAAGCAGGUCCCGGAAGAACUGGUGGCCCCCAAGGCCCCCCGUAAAGAGCUGGGCCUUGACGACAGCCGCAGUAACACCCCCCAGGGUUUCCCUGCCGCGGGAGGUAUCAAAGCUCAAAAUGCUGCCGCUUCUGCUCUCCUUGAUGCAAAAGGUCCAAACUCUCAGCUAACCCAGGAGCAGCUGGCGGUUCUACUAAACUUCCUCGGCCAGCCGAAGAGCGCCGUCAACACGGCCCAGUUUGUCCAGUCCAUGAGCACAAAGGUCAACCAGGAAACAUUACAGCAGCUCUCCAAAGCUCUAGCUCCCUCUGACCCCGCUGAUCUUCCUCUUCAACCUACAUCCACUAAGCCCCCGCAGCCCCCAGCUCCCACAGGAGUGCCCCGCACACCCCCGAUGCCCAAACCUCCAUCGCCCCCCAUGUCGGCGCCUUCAGGUAUUCCUGAAGGAGAGGCAGCGGCAGCCACGCAGACGGCCAUGACGAUGCUGCUGGCUCAGCUCCUCCAGGCCCAGCAGGCUCAGAGGCCGGAAGCAGGGGAUGGAGGAGAAGGAGCAGAGAGCAACAACCCUACUGGAGGAGCAGCAGGCGGGCAGCUGAUACCUCCUGAGGUCAAACAGCCUCCAGAGCCAAGCCCCGUCUCCCCAGUGUCUGAAGUAGGUGGAGUUUCCAUCCUGCCACCAGACCAGCGACCACCUGAGCCUCCAGAGCCUCCGCCACAUGCUGACCUGGACUAUCGACAGCCUCCACCUGAGCCUAAGACAGGCCACGCCCCUCCUAUCGCUUCUGCAGGUGGAGGAGAUGGAGGGAGACCCCCGGAGCCAGACUACCCACCUCUCCCUACGGCAGAGGGGCCGGGAUACGGGGGAGACUACAGCCACCCUCCUCCCCCGCCCUUCACCCCUGCAGGUUUCGGCGACGGCUUCAUGGGUCACAUGCUCGGCGGAGGUCUGCCGCCUCACGCUCUUAGGGAAGUAUUCAGCGGACCAGGCCAGGCCUCUGGCUCCUCGUCUCACCCGGACUCCUUCCCUCCAGGCGCCGGGGCCACGGGUCCUAGCAGCAUGGUGUUCUCUGGGGACAAAGACCAUCGUUUUAAGUACAAUCACAGCCCGUUACCUGUGGAGGGACAGCCCAACCCCAGCGCUAUCCACUUGUACAACCAUGCCAUGGCUAGAAAGGACAGCGUACCUCCUCCCCCUCCAAUCCCAGCACCAGGACAACCCUGGGGCUCCCCUUCCCAAGUCGGGGCUCCACCACUACCCCUUGGUUUCGUCCCACAUGUGAACUCGACAGCAACAAUCAGAGGUCGAGGCCUGCCGUUCUAAGACUGGAAAUCUUCUAAACAGGCGGCUGGAGGACUCCGUUUAGAGCCCAAAGCCUCUCAGGCCGGACCAGACAGAUCUGCAGAUGCACACUCGGUUUGUAAUAAAUCUGUGUAAGGCAUUGUGUUCCUCCUCAGUCUGGAAUGUGGAGUAUGUCGCAGAAGGAAAAACACCGGAGGAGCUUUUCUUGCUCAUACCAUUUUCAUAUUUUUUGUAAUCUAUUCUGCUGUCUUUUAAAUUAAACUUUUACCUUUUUUGAGUGUACAUUUAUCAGGCCCGGGUACAUUUUAAAAUCUCUACCUUAGCCUUUCUGUAACUGCUCCAGGGCAGACUAGUAUUAAUGUUUUGCACUACUGACUGAAGUAGGCGGAAACUAUUUUAGCUAUGAAAGGAAAUGGAUGAUGUGCUUUAUCUGCACAAUUAGGAAUAUGACCAGUAAUGUAGUGUCCUUGUUUUUUACGGCCAUGAUUAUGUUGAAACAAUAAUGGCUCACUUGAUUGGGUUGAUGGCGUUAGUGUCAGCACAGGGGAGCUGUUUGACAAAAAGGACUGUUAGUUCCACUCAGACACAGACUCUGGUAGCACUUGGAUGACCGCAGCAGAUGAUGCGACGGAGAAAAAAAGGCUGUUUUCACUUUAAAUUCCACAUGCCUUUUUGCCGGUAGGUGUUGUAAGAUCAUGAGCAAAACAAAAAUAACCCAAGUUCAAAAAGGAAGCUGUCUUUUUUUUUGUACUAAAAUGAUUUGUCCCGUUCCCUCCUCCCUUUGGCAAAUGUUUAUUAAAGAAAUGCCAACAUUG